GCUCCCUCUCAGCGAGGCGGCCCCUGCCCCGCCCAGCCUCGCUUGGCCUCGGCCGGCCCGGCCGGGUCCGGCCGCCACUCGGCCCUCUCCAUGGCGGGGCAGCGGCAGGGCGGUGCGGGGCAGCCAUCGCCGCCGCUGCUGGUGAAAAUCGUGAUGGCAGGGGAGUCCUGCGUGGGGAAGACCUCCAUCGUGCGGAGGUACACGGAGCCCGGCUCGCCGCCCGCCGGGGCGCCCACUUCCUCCUACUUGGCCACGAUCGGCAUUGAUUUUAAAGUAAAGGCAGUAACGUUUAAUGAUACAAGAGUGAAACUUCAAAUAUGGGAUACGGCUGGCCAGGAACGAUUCCAUACACUCAGUACUAGCUAUUUUCGUGGCGCACAAGGCUUCGUUCUAGUAUAUGACAUCACAAAUCUGGACAGUUUUCACAGUAUAACAGGCUGGAUGAGAGACAUACAUGAGAAAGCGGGUGAUGAAGUGGACGUAAUACUGUUGGGCAACAAGUGCGAUAAGGAGUCAGAACGUGUAGUUCCAAAACAGAAAGGAGAAAAGCUUGCUUGGGAACAUGGAAUACCCUUUUUUGAAACCAGUGCUAAAGAUAAUGUGAACAUUGAGGAAGCAUUCUCAGUCUUAACUAAGUACAUACUGGAAAAGAAUUCCUGUUUAUUGCAUGACUUAAAUGUCGUGGAUCUAAAUGAAAGUAAGAAGAGAACCUGCUGUGCAUUCUGAAAUUUCUCAUCAGAAAGUAUUAACUAUUGCAAAGGAACUCACAGGUGUUUAAAAGUGAGCCUCUGAUUCCAAAACACAUUAUUUAGGCAUCCUUUGUAUUAAACAAACUUGUUGCCAAAUGUUUUGAUAUGUUUAUAUUAUAUUUUCAUAUUUUUAAUGUGAAGUUAAAACAAUUCUCUGACUUUGGAAUUAGCAGAUGCAUCACAGGAUGACUGCAUUUGCAUGUAAAUGUUUUCAGAAAUGAACUUUUUAAGUGUACUAAUUUUGUCUUAAUAAAAAAAAAAACCUUGACUUUUUUUUUCCCCCUGUUAUUUAUACAAGACUUUUCAUGUAAUGAACAUUGACAUCAUCA